CAGCUGUGUUCAUGAGUGGAGGAGACAGUGUAUUUAGAGCUCCAUGAGAUGUUGGCAUGCUUUUUCUUUUUGAUUUUACCCUCUGUCAUGUUGUACUCCUGUAUGUUUUUACUGGGAAAUUUGAGGUUUUUCCUAGGAGCACAGUGCACACAGCACAAGGUUUUGGACACAUUUUUCAUGUCCUGUUGACUGAAACAGACAGUUCCUCUCCUUUACACAGGACCUGCAGAACCCAAGGGCCUACUACAUGAAUCCUGAACUCAUGGUUGACCGUGUAUGUGUGUGUGUGUGUGUGUGUGUGUGUGUGCGUGUGUGUGUGUUGGCUUUCCACAACCGGUACUACCUUAUCGUGAGGUCAGGCAUAUCGGGGUCUUGGGUAGAGCUGGAAAUGAUGAGGAACAGCGGAGUCCCCAUGACAGCAGCCCCACCCUCGGGGGACGAGAUGGGGGGCCUCGAGCAUGUACCCUCCUCUUCCUCCAUCCAUAAUGGUGACAUGGAAAAGAUCCUGCUUGAUGCUCAGCAUGAGUCCAGCCGCAGCAACUCCUCUUGUGACAGUCCCCCCAGGCCUCACACCCCCCAGGAUGAGGGACAGAUCACUUUUGAUGUGGACACAAGCAGCACAAGGGAUACCCAGUCUGAGGAGGAGCGCCUGGAAAGAGAGAGAGACGACGACAUUCUAAUGAGGGGUUCCGACUGGGUCGCGGACUGGUCCAGUCGACCGGAAAACAUUCCCCCAAAGGAGUUCCACUUCCGGCGCCCACGGCACACACUGACCCUCAGCAUGAGGAAGACCGGGGCCAUGAAGAAAGGGGGAGUUUUCUCUGCAGAGUUCCUUAAAGUAUUCAUCCCCUCGCUGCUGCUCUCUCAUAUCCUAGUGUUGGGGCUGGGGGUGUACAUCGGCAAGCGGAUCACCUCCCCUCCUGCUAGCUCCUUCUGAGUUCCAGCUCACCCGGUGCUGACAUGCUGAAAAUGUGCCCUUCCCAUUUGUCCAGCCCUCUCUAGCAUUCCCCCUCCCAAUUUUUCAAGCCAUCUCCUGAGGGGAAACUGGACCCCUUAAUGCAGCACUCACCCUGCCGACAGGCUCUCUUUCCAGCUUUGUUUGCCACAUUACUGUGGGACUCGAAGUCACCGUUGUCCUUUCUAGCAUACAGUGCACUUUGAAACGAGGCGGGGCCAGUUAACAUCUCUGUUCAGACCCUGCCCCGUGUUUUGCUUGUCUAUCAGGCAUCUCCACUUUGAAUUGGCGGAAAGGGGAAAGAGGGGGCGGGGGCGUCUGGGUGUGGCACAGGUUACAGCCGAUACUUACAAAGCUGAUCCCCUCAUGGGUAGAGCGUUAACAUUAUUUUGGCCAAUGUGAGGAAGCCAAGGGCAGAUGCAGGCUUUGGAAGCUCUACCUUGUCACUCAUUAAUUGACAGGGCCUGAGUGGGAGGGGUCAUCUGCCGUAGGCCAAUCAUAUCAGUUACUCACCCAGAUAGAACUGUGAAACUGUGGUUCUUGUUUUUCAUAUUAUUAUCACUAUCAUGGCUGACUUUUUUUUUUUGGGAUGUUUUUUGUCAUUGCUACUAUUUAGUUACUUAACUCAGCUCUCUUUGCUUCUAGUUGUCAUUUUUCCCAUAGCAGAAUUAUUUUUAUAGCAGUUCAAGUUAAGCACCUCGCUCAUGGGCACAGCAGCAAGGAUGCAAACUUGCAUCCAGAUCACAAGUGACAGUCGUUAACCGCUGUGCUGCCCAGUGUUCCGGGUUGCACCCCCACCCAUCUGGUUCUGGUCAGGACGCAGCGGAAUUCUCUACACAACAAUUGUUUGUUUCUCGCCAAUGCAAAGAAGAAGCGCCUUCAAAAAAAGUAGCUGACAGGAAGAGGGAUGAGGGACACCCCUGUAGGCAAUUCACAGUGUUUCACAUUUGUUUGCAGCUGUGUUUUGUUUUGUUUUGUUCUGCAUGCUCUUUUUGGCUUUUUCUUUUUUUUUUUUGCUUGUGUUUUGCAUGUUUCUGCUGCAUUUUGCACACUUUUGUUUCUUUUUGUUUCACACAUGUUUGUUUUUGUUUAUGCUUUUAUUUUAUGUGCUUUUGUUUUGUAUUUUGUUCCCUUUUGUUUUUCUGUUUUUGGUUGCUUUUGGUUGCUUUUUGUUUCCUUUUUUGUUUUCUUUGCUUGGUUCUGUUUUGUCUUUUGCUUUGCACAAUCCUGUUUGCUGAGCUUUCGACAGUAUCCUUUAGGACACUAAUUAGAACAGGAAGAAGCCAAAGUGUUGACGAGUAGACUAGUAUAAAUAGUUAAACCUGGUUACUGUUGGUUUCGGGCUGCGAACUGUUUUGCGGUAUUUUUUGCAUUUCUUUACAGGAAGAAGGACUAGAAUGAGUUAGAUCGGCUUUGACUGAAGGGCCAUCAAGAGAAGAAAAUGAAAAGUGUUUUUUCUUUGAAAUGGUAAUUGCAGUAAUAAUAAUGAGAAGAUGAUGAUAAUAAUAGUAUUAACAUCAAGUACAAGUUUUUGUUUUGUUUUCUCUGAUUUGAAAAGUUUUGUCAUUAAAAGAUUUUGAACUCACA